AUGCGGCUCUGGAUCCACAACACGUCCGUCUGGAAGGGCGAGGAAGAGGGCACGCCGGCCUCGCAUAAUCAAAUCCGGACUUUAGUCGAUACGUACGGCAUCAGCAUAUCUGACUUCGAGCCCGCAGACAUCAAGACUGUGACGGGCGCUAUUCAGGCCUUCCGCGGCAUCCCUAGAGACUACUACCAAGUCGAUCCAAUCGCGCUGCAGAGCGGUGUGAACAUCCUCACAUCAAACGCCCGCAGUUACCUCGUUAUCGAGACGGAGCAAUUCGGCGACGUGUUAUUCGUAGCUAUCGGCGCGACAGACGUCGGCACCCGACGCGAUGCUAAUAUCCCGGCAAACAUCCACGAGAAGUUUCAGAAGCCAGGUGCCAAGAUUAAGAAGGGGGAUGAAAUCGGCUACUUCCAGAAGAGGGCGAUCCGGUUAUAA